AACUAUGGUUACCGUCACAAGUAAAUUUAAUCUAUAAGUGUUAACAGCAUAAAGAAGUAAGUUUUCUGUAUGUUUGGCUAUGUGGAUACUUCAGGACACACAAGGCUGAGUGGUAUCAAAAGUCAACAGUUAAAAGUCUACCUACAGAUAGCAACCCGUCCUCAACACACCUAGUCACAGAAUGACGAAGAUUCUCGGCCACUGGAAACUCUUCAAUAGCGAUGACAGAUGGGACGAGUAUAUGAGGACCCUGGGGAUCGGGUUUGUACUACGGAAAGUAGGGAAUUCAAUCACGAGCUAUGAAGAGAUCAGACAAGAUGGAGACUCGUGGGAGCUCCUCAUCACAUCCACCUUCAAGAACGCUCACCUGAAAUUUAAGCUGGGAGAGGAGUUCGACGAAACGACGAUGGAUGGUCGAAAAUGUAAGUCAACGUUUGUAAUAGAAGGGGAUGACCUUGUUCACUACCAGAAAGGAAUAAAGGAGGGUGACGUGAAGUCAAAAAUCGUCCGGACACGGGUAGAUGAUGAAACUAUGACUAUUGUAAGUAUUUAUAGAAGACAUUUAUCAUUAAUAGUCCAGACACGGGUAGAUGAUGAAACUAUGACUAUUGUAAGUAUUUAUAGAAGACAUUUAUCAUUAAUAGUCCAGACACGGGUAGAUGAUGAAACUAUGACUAUUGUAAGUAUUUAUAGAAGACAUUUAUCAUUAAUAGUCCAGACACGGGUAGAUGAUGAAACUAUGACUAUUGUAAGUAUUUAUAGAAGACAUUUAUCAUUAAUAGUCCGGACACGGGUAGAUGAUGAAACAAUGACUAUUGUAAGUAUUUAUAGAAGACAUUUAUCAUUGUCUGGGUCUAAUUUGGUUCUUGUAUGACAAUGAUUAUUUUUCUGCCUCUAAUUGGAUAUAAGGAAUAAACGUUUAUUAAUGAAUACAUGUAUAUUAUUGCACUAUAUAACAGUCAUUACAAUUGAAUUUGGGGGACAAGGGGUAUAUUUCAAAACCCAUUCAAAAUGAAAGGUGUGUUUAUUUUCAAUUGUAUAUAAUUUACAUGAAUUAUUUUUAGUUACCUCAUGAUAUGAAUAAAGUACAGAUUUACUCAGUACUGGAUAAAGUUACUCACGUGCUGUUGUUACACACCAGUAAACAUACGACGCUUAACCUCGCGUGAAAUUAUGAAAUUCAACAAGAUGUGUUUGUGAAACACAAAUGCCCCCGAUAAUGGCCAAUUCCAAAGAUGGCCAAGGUCACAAGGGCAAAUAUCUUGGUACCAGUAGAAAGAUCUUGUCAAAAGAAAUGCUCAUGUAUAAUAUGAAAGCUCUAAUAUUUACCAUUUAGAACUUAUGACCAAUGUAAAAAAAAAAAAAGUAAGUUAAAUGUCAAGGUCAAAAGGUUUAAUACCCACGAAAAGGUCUUGUCACAAGGAAUACUCAUGUAAAAUAUCAAAGCUCUAUCACUUACUGUUCAAAAGUUAUUAGCAAGGUUAAAGUUUUCAAAAAGUAGGUCACACUCCAAGGUCAAGGUCACGGGGUCAAAAAUGUUGGUACCCACGAAAAUGUCUUGUCACAAGGAAUACUCGUGUGAAAUAUCAAAGCUCUAUCACUUACUGUUCAAAAGUUAUUAGCAAGGUUAAAGUUUCAGACAGAAUGACAGAAUUACAGAAUGACAGACAGGACAAAAACAAUAUGACCCCGAUCUUCGAUCUCGGGGGCAUAAAAAUAAUUCGUACGAGAUAAAUUGAAAAUCUAUUAUAUAUGUGUGGUUUUAUAUUUGUUUUACUUUAUUAUGUGACGUUGUAUAGAUAGAUUAGAAUAGAUAGAUGCAUGUAGACUAAAAUAGAUAAAUUAAAAUAGAUAGAUUAAAAUAGAUAGAUAGAUUAAAAUAGAGAGAUAGAUUGAAAUAGAUAGAUUAAAACAGAUAUAUUCAUUAAUAUAUAUAUAUUAAAAGAUAGAUUAAAAUAGAUGGAUUGAAAUAGAUCGAUUAAAACAGAAAUAUUCAUUAAAAUAGAUAGAUAGAAAUAGAUAGAUUAAAAUGGAUAUAUUAGAAUAGAUAGAUUAAGAUAGAGAUAGAUAGAUUAAAAUAGACAGGUAGAUUAAAAUAUGUAGAUAGUUAGAUUAAAAUAGAUAGAUCGAUUAAAUAGAUACUAUAGAUUAAGAUUGAUAGAUACUAGUAGAUGGAUUAAAAUAGAUAGAUAGAUUGAAAUAGAUAUAUAGAUUAAAAUAGAUGGAUAGAUUAAAAUAUAUAUAUAGAUUAAAAUACAUAGAUACUAGAAGACGGAUUAAAAUAGAUAGAUCGAUUAAAAUAGAUAUAUAGAUUACGAUAGAUGGAUAGAUUGAAAUAGAUAGAUAGAUUAAGAUAGAGAUAGAUAGAUUAUAAUAGACAGGUAGAUUAAAAUAGGUAGAUAGUUAGAUUAAAAUAGAUAAAUCGAUUAAAAUAGAUAGAUUAAAAUAGAUACAUGUAGAUACUAGAAGACGGAUUAAAAUAGAUGGAUAGAUUAAAAUAGAUAUAUAGAUUAAAAUACAUAGAUAUUAGAAGACGGAUUAAAAUAGAUAGAUCGAUUAAAAUAGAUAUAUAGAUUACGAUAGAUGGAUAGAUUGAAAUAAAUAGAUAGAUUAAGAUAGAGAUAGAUAGAUUAAAAUAGACAGGUCGAUUAAAAUAGGUAGAUAGUUAGAUUAAAAUAGAUAAAUCGAUUAAAAUAGAUAGAUAGAUUAAAAUAGAUACAUGUAGAUACUAGAAGACGGAUUAAAAUAGAUGGAUAGAUUAAAAUAGAUACAUAGAUUAAAAUACAUAGAUACUAGAAGACGGAUUAAAAUAGAUAGAUCGAUUAAAAUAGAUAUAUAGAUUAAAAUAGAUGGA